UUUCCCUUGAUGAAGCGAUGGGGAGUUAAGCGAAUCCUUUCAAUGGGCACCCCAAGCAUCCCUGACGAGCAAGACGGAUUCUCAAUCAUCGCCUUCUUAGGUGUCACUUUAAUUCGGAUAAUUGCGAAUUCUGCCUAUAAGGAUAUUGUUAGCGUUGGAAAACUCUUUGAGACAGAGGCCACAAAUGACGGAUUGGAAUGGACCAUAUUCAGGUUGGGAUUCUUAGGUAAUGGUGCACCGCAAUCAUCUAAAGUUGGAUAUGUCGGGAAGAAUGGUUGGGUGAUGAAGAACCAAAGAGCGGAUAUUGCAACAUGGUUGGUGGACGAGGUCGAGAAUGAUAACUCUGAGUGGAUCAGAAAGAAGCCCUCAAUCUGGUCAUGA